GGGGAGAUGGGGCGGAGCCGGGGCUCCCCGCUGCGGCGCCAUUGGCCGCGCCCGCCGCCACCCGGCAGUAGUUGUGGAGGUCAGCCCCGCCUACUUCCUCUUUCCCUCGGAGCGGGCGGCGGCGGCUGCAUCGGCGGCCUGUGUAGCAAUGGCCAAGAUCAAGGCUCGAGAUCUUCGCGGGAAGAAGAAGGAGGAGCUGCUGAAACAGCUGGACGACCUGAAGGUGGAACUGUCCCAGCUGCGCGUCGCCAAAGUGACGGGCGGUGCGGCCUCCAAGCUCUCUAAGAUACGAGUCGUCCGCAAAUCCAUCGCCCGUGUUCUCACAGUCAUUAACCAGACUCAGAAAGAAAACCUCAGGAAAUUCUACAAGGGCAAGAAGUACAAGCCCCUGGACCUGCGGCCUAAGAAGACACGCGCCAUGCGCCGCCGGCUCAACAAACACGAGGAGAACCUGAAGACCAAGAAGCAGCAGCGGAAGGAGCGGCUGUACCCGCUGCGGAAGUACGCGGUCAAGGCCUGAGUGGCGCGUUGUCAAUAAAGCACAGCUGGCUGAGAC